GAUCACACACCACCACCACACUUCCCCCUCUCUUCUCGCGCAUCGGGCUCAUCGCCCGAGACACAGAGCACGCACACCCACGCUGUCCUUCCACUUCCACUCACAAAUUUUAUCACGUCGCCGCCGGCGAAACUCUCCGCUGCCUCGUGCGCCGCCCGUCUGUUUGCCCGCCGGCGCUGCGCUAUGAAGAAGGUGGUGCUGAAGCUGGACGUGCACGACGACAGGCAGAAGCAGAAGGCGCUCAAGGCCGUCUCCGCUCUCCACGGCAUCGACAACAUGGGCGUGGACGUGAAGGACCAGAAGAUGACGGUGGUCGGCAGCAUGGACCCCGUUGACGUCGUCGCCAAGCUGCGCAAGGUCUUCCCCGGGGUGGACAUCGUCUCCGUCGGCCCGGCCAAGGAGGACAAGAAGGACGACAAGAAGGACGGCGACAAGAAAGACGGCGGCGGCGACAAGAAGGACGGCGACAAGGACAAGAAGGACGAGAGCAAGCAGGUGGUGUACCCGCCUCACUACUGGUACCCGCCGCCGCCGCCGCAGCACCACCACCCGCACCCGUACUACUUCGUCCGCAGCGCCGAGGAGGACCCCAACUCAUGCGUCAUCUGCUGAUCGCCUCAUCCCCAUGGCACCGCCCUGUACAUGUACAUUUCUAGCUGGGCUGCCGGCGUGCGGCUCACCGGCGGUCACCGGUCGCGACCUGCUCCGGUGGUGGUUGGUGGUUGCUCCACUCGUCAGCCUACCUGCGACAGCGAUCGCGAUAUAUAUGAUCCGUAGAUGAUGUUGUUUUGUCUUGUUUUUUCGCUUUGGGGGGGAUAAAGUAGACGCAUCUGCCGAGUUUGUGAUGCGCAGAUGUGGAAUCAAAUAACAGUGAGGGAAAGGACUACAAAUAUAUAUAUAUAUAUAUAUAUAUAUAUAAAAACUUUCUGCAAC